AACAAGUGAAUUUUUGUGGCUAAUUUGUCAAGUCUGGACAAAGCACAUCCCCUCACUAAGUUGGUUCAAAGAAUGGAUACCAAAAUGUAUACCACAUCAAUUCAUGAUGGAAGUGAAGGGAAAAACAAAAAAGGUACAUCUUGGGGUCCUUAAAAAAAAUGAAUCGAAGGAGGAGGAUAUGCUGGACAUAUGUAAAUAUUUGCACAAGUAUGUACCAAACCACUCAGAUGAUGCCACUAGCUCUCAGAAACCAAUCAAGAUUCUAAGUGGUGGUGACUACCUCACAUUUGAGAGACACAAGGGAGCACAGUCAACCAUGCAAGAUGCAAGGACACCAUCUAAACGACUGGAAGGAUUGAUCCCAAAAAUGGAGGACUUUCAUCAACAAGCAGAAUGGUUAGAUGCAGUGUGUUGGAAGCAGCUAUAUGACACUACUGUAGGUCAGCACGGGACAUCGGCACGCUAUAUGCAGCAAGAAAUGCAUUAAAUGCAAGGAAUGUCACAAAAGAUGCCCAUAACUGCUACUAUGCUGCUUCUGAUUUGC